AUGUCCACAGCUAACAUGAUUAGAAAGCUGCGGCUCUCGGAUCCCCACGCGGAGCUUCCCAUCAAGAAUCACAAGUAUGUGAAAAACUGCACCGAACUAUACAUGGCCAACAAGCGCAUCCACAAAAUCGCCAACUUCGAUGCUUUCGUCAACCUCGAGGUGCUUUGGAUCAAUGACAAUCAGAUUCAGGAACUUAACGGGCUGGAUGGCUGCUUCCGUCUCAAACAGCUAUACGCUCAUAAAAACUGCAUCCGUUCUCUUGAGGGUUCAUCACUGCCUCACUUCAAAUUUCUGCUGGAACUCCGGUUGUAUGAUAACAAACUCAAGGACUUGCAAGGCGCACUGAGAGUGUUGAGUCGAUUGUCCCACUUGCGAGACCUCGAUCUGUUCGGUAACCCAGUCGUGGAAGAAGAGAACUACCGCUUGCAAGUGAUUCGAGCCAUCCCAUCGUUAGACGUACUGGAUCGACAUGUCAUCACGGAUGAGGAACGAGCAAAAGCUGCAAGGUUGCAAGUUCACUUUGAAGACGGAGAAGUCCGUGGCAGUUCUUCCAAAAAGCAUGGUGUCAAGAAGAGCAAGAAACGAUCUUCCACUGUAUCUGGAGCACCACCACAGGCUUUGUCAGGGACCGUCAAGAUGCUUUUCAAGGAGGUAGCAGCUAUCAAGAGAGAACAACAGAGGGAAGCUCGAGAGGCAGCCAAGCGAGAGCUGCAAGAACUUGGAUCAAAUCAGCAAGCAUUAUCCACGACAACAAGAUCCAGAUGGAGCGCCAACAAUAAUAACGCCGACGAGAUCCCAGGUUUGGGUGACUGGGAGGUCACAGCACUGAAGAAACACUUCCGAUCUCUUGAAGAAAUGAAAAACGGUGGACUUGGUCAGGAAAAUCUUGCGGGUGUCUUUCGAUAUCUUCGUUCGCGUGGCUACACAGUGUUGUACAACGGGUUUCGGUUUGAAGGACAGGGGGGCGAUUUACAGUACUUGGAGAACAUUUUACCAGCACCUGGCAAGAUCCAGUGGAAGCCGUUUGUUCAGCUCUUUGAGUCGAAUCAGCUGCGUUGUGAAUUGUUGAGUCCUCAAGAAUUGCGACAUCAAGCCGCCGCCUGCUUCGACAAAUGUGCAGUCAUGCAACGACGGCUACAAGCUCUUAAUACCAAUGAUGCCAAAUCUGCACAACUUGUGAAGGAGAGCCUCGAGCUAUCACAACAAGGUUAUCAUCUCCAAGCUUUGGCUGAUAGUGACCACACGUCAAGCAGAUCCAAAUUGUCUCGAAUGCCCAGCUCAGCUGUUAUCAACGACAACUGGGAAGCCACUCCAAUGUCGACACCACACACACGUUUCUACAUGACGACGUUCACUCGCGAGAAAUUUUCGGCUCUUCCAUCGGUAUCUGCAUCAAGAGACUGUAGCUUCAAGUUCAGUGAGUUAAGAAACGAAAGCGAGCGCAUCAGUGACGCGUUAGCCGGCAAGUACAAAAUCCGGCACAAGGAUUUCAAGAAAUACUUGGCCAAACAAUCACCGCAGACGACGAAACUUGUGCGUCGCAACUAUCAACUGUAA